AUGAAGAGAAAACAUGCUAAUGAUGAGGCUAGUAGUAGCUUCAAAAGGAAUAAUAAGGGAUGGGAAGAUGAGGUGGAGGAAGAGGUUCAAAUAGACAGGAUUAGCAAUUUGCCGGAUUCGGUGCUUGCCCGCAUCUUGUCCUUCUUGCCAACUCAAGAUGCAGUUAAGACUUCACUUUUAAGGAGAUUUGGACUUCUCUGGGCUACCUCUGACAACAUCCAUAUAGAUGCUUGUUCAUUCCAUGACUGUGUAGAGCCCAAGUACGAUGAGAAAGCCCCAAGAUCUAAUAAGAGCCAGAGAUUAGCUGAAAAAGAAAUGAGGCUUGCCAAUACGAUCAAUACGUGGACUCGUUUUGCAAUAAGAAGGGAAGUUCAGGUUCUUGACCUUGAUUUCAUGGAUUGUUAUGGUUCUCUUGAUCUACCUGGUAAUCUAUACAAGAUUCCUGAUUUCGUAUUUAACUGUGACUCGAUAAGGGAGCUGAAAUAUCCGGAGUCGAGGCUGGAAAUUUCUGGCCCAAACAUUAUUUCAUUGGAUAUUUCAAGCUCUGUAGGACAAGUGGACCUAAAGAACUUAUCCUCUCUUAAGGAUGCUGCCCUUGGCUUCAUGUACCGUUUCAGCAGCUCUGAGGAUAAAAAUCAUGAGGCCAUGAAGAUUCUUGAGAAUUUGAAUAGUGCCAAGGUUCUUACAAUACACAAACAAUCUAUCCAGCUUUGGACCGCAUGGGAAUUGAUGAAGAUUUCUUUCCCCUCUAUUCCUCAGAAGCACCUAAUUCUUGAUACAGAUCUGUCCAAGGAGCAUCUUCCAGGGAUUGUUGGCAUGCUGAGGAGUUCUCCUAGUUUGGAGAUGCUCGAUAUGCAUAUAGUAAAGACUUAUUUUACUUUCCCUGAUUUCCUUAAACGUGCAUUAGCUGUUGAAAGUUAUUGGAGUAAGCUUGAUGAAUCUCCCCAAGAUCUUCCACACAACCUGCAAACAGUUACAAUACAUGGCUCGGUGGCAGAGCCUUUUGUUGUUCAAUUGGUGCAGUUUCUGCUUAAGAAUUUAUUUGGUUUGGAAAAGAUGGUGAUCACAUCCAAAAGGAGGAGCAAUGGUUCAGAUCCGAAAAGCUGUGUCACCUCAGAUGAGUUGCUGGAACUCUUCCAAAAGUUACUAAGUUUUCCAAGAGCAUCAUCCAGUGCAGUAGUUUUGUUGUACUGA